AGCCCGCAGAAUGAGCGCCAGCGGUCGCGGAAGAAUCACUCUCUGCAGGCUCGUGGUUUAACCAACCGGCAAGGCUGCGUACAACGUUAUCUCCGGAUUAUCUGGCGGCGGUGUCGUCUGCUGCGUCAAGCCAUAGCACACCAUUGUUUGCGGACAAUACUGGGUUCACGGUCCCCGCUUUGGUGUCGUCUGCUACCAACGUACUUCAUCUGCAAGCAGUAAACGUGGUGUCGUGUGCCGCGCGAGACCGGCUGCUUCAGUGGUGUAGUCUGCUUCUUCAACCAGGUGUCACCGCGGUGGUGUCGUCUGCUCCACCACCAGAACAUCCUUGCUUUGUUGAGAGCAAUAGCCUACAGUCGAGGACAGCACAGGAACGUUAGUAUUUGCAUCGCCUGUAGCUUCAGCCGGGUGUCAUCGCGGUGGUGUGGCCCGCUGCGUCAACCAAGUGCCAGAGGACGAGGCUCUCCCUGCGUUGUGUCAACAGACUCCACACCUCGCCGCGUCGUCUGCUAAGUAACGAGCCGUUGAGAAUCGGAACACUUGUUUUAACUACCGCCGAUCGCUGUUCUCCACUAUGUAAGAACUUCAUCGCAGCUGCACAGUGCGCCUUGCGGCUCGCAUCAAAAUUUACGACGAGCUUUCCUCUGCCGCCGUUGUCGGCAGAACAAAAAGGAAAGGCACUUCGCGGGCAACAGCAGGCGAACACACAACGCGUUAUUUCCGCCACAUUUGAUGUAUUGAGCGCACGCGCGGCCAGGUCGUUCUGUAGCACACGUUUUGUAUUUGGCCCAACCCGAAGCUCGUGAAUUGACAUUUAAUCUCCGUUCUUCAAGGUCACAUCAGACGGUUAGAAAAAAAAACCGAAAAGAUGGUCUCGAUGGUCGCCGCUCUAACGCUAGCACACGAAGUGAACUAAGAAAAUAUUCGAAAACAAACCAAGGCGCCAACUCGUCAAGCAAAAUGCAGCGGUGACGGAAGUGGAUGUUGCAUGGACUGAAGUGAAUCCUGGAAGGCCCGCGGCAUCGAAGGAAUGAAAUAGCGGCAUCAUUUCCGGCUGUUAAUCAAAUACGGAAGCACGGUGUCUACCUUUCCUUUACCUGCUUCGUUUUGUUUAUUUGUUUACGGUGCUUCGUCCGAAGAACCGACCAAUCGUUUUGAGGGGAACACCGACGGCUAUAUUCAAGUGCGACGAAGCCAGCAGGACUUUGUAUGAAGGACGCUGAAUGACACCUGUGGAGUCCGACGGCAGCUGUGAUCCGCACAGCCAUGACAGCCGGGGACAGCAAGGCAGGCGAUGACGUCAGCGUCGAAGUGGCCGCGGCCAAGCUGGCUACAGAAGGUGCCAGCGGAGAACAGAACAAAGAACCCAAUGGCGGACUGGGAAAAAGCACGGAAGGGCAGCCGUACUUGCGCCGCCACAGCAGCGUCGCCCAGUUGGCCCAGGCAGCUUGGCGCGAGGCAGCCGGCAUCUCGGCUGCUCUCGCCACGGGACUCGCCAUCAGCGUCGGAGGACUGCUCAUCGGACUCGUCGAGGUGAUACCUCCGCUGGCAGUGUCCGGCCUGAGGUGCGUGUGUUCGGUGCUCUACCUGCUGCCUGUUAUCGCCCUAUGGAGGCCACAGCUGCUGGCCGACAAGGGACAUCGGCUAGGCCUCGCCGCCGUCUCCGUGGUGCUGGCGUUGCGGGCGCUCACCUUCACGCUCGGCAGCUCCACACUGCCGCUGGCCGAGUUCUCGCUCCUCAUCAACACCAUGCCCGUGUUCGCAGCGAUAUUUGGCUGCGCCAUACUGGAGGAGCGCUGCGGCCCCCGCGAGAUGGCUGCCGGCCUGCUCGUUCUGUGUGGAAUCCUGGUGGCCUUUCUGCCCACCCUUCUGAUGACGCCCGACGUGGGCACCUCCAUAUCGGGCAUCGUCAUCACGCUUGCCUGCGCCCUCUUCCAGGCCAUGGCGUUUGUCAUACUGCGGCGCCUAUCCUGCCAGGUAUCACCCAUAACAGUAUCUCUUUGGACAUCCGUGGCCACCGUGGUGCUCUGCGUUCCCCCGGCAGGAGCUCUGGGGCAACUCCGUCACCUGGACACUGAGCCUCUGGAUUUAGCCUACACGGCUGGUGCAGGCCUGACGGCUCUGCUGACGGCUUUGCUGCCAACCAUUGCAUGCACGUUAGCCGAGGCCGGUCGCGUGGCCAUUGCGACCACGUCCAGUGUGGUCUUCUCAUUCGCCCUACAGGCUGCCGUGCAACUCAAGGCACCCACGCCGUGGGCCCUCGUAGGUGCUGGAUUUAUAGUAGCCGCCGUGGUGUGCUCGAACCUGAAGUGGGAACCCUCAGUUGACAUCUUCGAGAAGCUAAAGCUCAAGGGUCCUGUGGACAAGGACAAAGAUCCAACGCUUGUCAAAGACUACGGAACAGUGUCGGUGCCGUUGCCCAACAAAUCCCCCUGAUGCACAAACUUCUUUUUAGCCAAUGCAUUCUGAUGGACAGUACAUUGGCAUGCAUAACAGAACAAUGAUAUCUGUGCUAUAUUAAACAUUGUUUAGAAUCGGCGCAUAGCCGUCCCCAGCAACAACAAAAACGACCUUCGGAAAUGAAUGUAAGACUUUUAGGCAAUGCCAGUGAAUGUGUGGUUUUUAAGCAUGCUUCACCAAAGACUGCACGUGCAAGCCUGUGUCAUGUUCUCCUGCCUGUAAAACAAGCAAAAGACGCAGUAUUCUUUCAUUUCCAAUGUAUUGUUGAUAGUGUGAUCAAAACCAGCGGCAUAGGUGGUGUUUAGAGAUGGCAUCUGCGACACGCCUUCGGUGGUUGCAGUAUGCAAAAGUGCAGCCUUAUAGACUAGUUUCUUAUGCCCGUCCCUUGAGGAAGCGAUAUGCAAGUCCCUGGCAGAGAAUACACCAAGGUAUUCUGCCUUAAAACGUCAGCUAAAAGUGUGGAGUGACAAAUCGAUCUUGCAAGCGACUUCACAGUCUAAUGCGAAUGCAAACAUAAUCCAUGUCUUCAUACUAAAUCAUGCCGAUUGUCAAACAGAAGUCAGCUCACAUGUCACAGUCCAAUAAGUAUAACAGAAUAUUCAAUCAGCAAUGUUUUGCUUACUGCUAGGCAAACGUAGUGUUAAAUGGUGGGUGAAGAGCAGCUGGUAACAGGCUGCCAGCCUGCUAGCAUCAGCAUGUUUAAUAGUUACUAGCCCUCUGUGAAUAUCCAGGAACAGCAUUGACAUACUGUCAUCGAAAACUUUUUUCAAUGCUAAAAAAAAACGCCUCCGCAAGAGAGAGCACAACCAAACUAUUGGAACUGCUGGUUUAGAAUGCAUUUUGAAUCAUGGCUGAAACAGAGAGCUGCAAUAGAUGUACAGUUAAAAUGUAUUUGUAUUUAUCAUUAACAACAAUAGGUGUGUCCAGUGCCUGCAUGUGCUAGCAUAUGUAAGUAGUACCUAGAAUGUAGUGAUACCUAUAUUUUGUAAAUGUUGACAAAUAGUAUCUAAAACUAAUUUUGCUAGUGGCUCAGAAAUGUGCAACUGUUUGUACAAAAUUGUACAAAAGUACAGACAUUUUUCUGCCUUUAUAAAUUGUACAAAAGUACAGAAAUUUUUCUAUUUUUAUAUGCGUACAAUCAAUGGUUGAAUUCAAGAUUAAAACAAUCAAUGAUUGAAUUUAAGAUUAAAAUGAGAGAAUUAUAAGACAAGAUGAAGAAGUUGGCAUAAAAUUUUUUUUCUGCUGGCUUUACAAUUGGAAAAACGUUGACUUCACGGCUUAUCUGGUCUCCAGUGCCUCGUACACUGUUUUUGCAAGUCAUGAACCCAAAAGUUUUUGCACUGUGAUGAUACUGUUAAACCUCAUAAUAUAACGAGAAAGGCUGUAAAGAAAUGAAAGUUGGAAUGAGCAAAUUGUAAAUUUCCCUUAAAGUUUCCCUAGAGACCAAUGUACUUAAAACCUCAUUUUAAUGGAGUAAGACUUGCCUGCUAAAGAAUUUAACGAACAAUUUUUUUUCAGGAACAAAAGUUUGAGCCAAUGUCAAGAUAGUACCCAUAUCACAUUUGAGAUGCUGCCUAAUGCAACCAUUGUAUUUGGCAGUUCAAAACUCCUGCCACACAUCCUCCAGCAAUGCAUGCUAAGUUACAGGCAUUUCAUGUGCUUUGGCUGCAUGCAUCAGCAUCCUAUCAUGAACUCUUCUGCUCCUAGGUCUUUUUGAAAUGUGAGUUAUGUACUUUGAACUGCAAUAAAGUAGGGGUGCAUAACGUUCUCUUUUUAUCUAAGAAA